AUGAAUCCAUUGAAAAGAGCAACCGAGCAAACACCAUCAAUAGUCAACAAGAAGCUGAAAAUGGAUGCAUCGGAAGAAGAUGCAGAAGUAGUUUCAAUGGAUCAGGAUGUAUCCGAAGAAGCUGGAAAUGCCGUAUCAACUGCGCAGUCUGGACGACGACCACAAAUCAAACUCGAGAAUCUGUUGAGGGCUUGGAAUGGUGUUGAUUUACGCAAACUGUUUGAGGGUGUCGAUGUCAAAUUUACGAGAUUCAAGAAGCAGCCAACUUGGGAUUCUGCUUAUCUGGAUUUCAAUUCCUUUGAAGAACGUGACAAGGCAAUACAAAAGUUGAACGGCCACAUGUACAAGAACAAGAAACUGGCUGCCUCGAUACCUCCUGUCAAAACUCCUAAAGCCAAAGGAAAAGCACCAGUCAAGAAUGUCGAACAAGAAGAAGACACUAGAACACCUGCAGAACGUCUCGCGGAUCAAACCACGCCAUUAUGGAGAAUAUCAUAUGAAGAUCAGCUCAAAGAAAAGGAAGAGGACAUGAAGGCCAUUUUGCUGAAGUUCAAGCAAGAGCUGAUGAAACUGGCUGAAGGAUCUGCAGCUGCUAAAAAGGAGAUUGCUUGGAUACAGAAUGCAACAGAUCCUACUGGUCUGCCGUGUCCUGUCGAACCGAUUGUCCCGUCACCUGUUAUUAACGGGUACCGUAAUAAGUGCGAAUUCUCAAUGGGAUCGAACUUUGAAGGUGAAGAUGUUGUCGGGUUCCUUGUCGGGCUAUACAAGGAGGGAUUGGUUCAAGUUCUGGAACCCGGUGAACUCAAACAUAUACCACCAACCGCCAAAGCUAUUGCUGCAGCCGCACAGAGGUUUAUACGUCAAUCUGAGUUUGCUGUGUAUGACCGUAUAACCAAAAAGGGCUUUUGGAGGCUGCUGCUAGUCAGAACACCUCGUUCUGGAGAUGUCAUGGUUUUCGUCCAAAUCAACUCUCAAGGCUCCGACUCGGUUCUAGUCGACAAGGAAAAGAUCAAGAUGAAAGCCUUCUUUGAAGAGUGUGUCAAAGCAGGAGAGUUUCCUCUUACUACGCUGAUCUUUCAGGAUACUGAUGGUGUUUUCAAUGGUAUAAAAGAUGACAAUCCAGUUGAAGUGGUUAUCGGGCCUGGCGAAAUUCAUGAAGAGAUGCUCAAUCUGAGGUUUCGCAUAUCACCAUUCUCCUUCUUCCAAGUAAAUACACCAGCCGCCGAACUCCUUUACACGACAGUCCGAGAAUGGUGUCGACUAGACAAUGCAAUACAAACCGAAAAUUCAUCAACCACGCUCCUCGACUUGUGUUGUGGAACUGGAACAAUUGGAAUCACGAUGGCCAGCCAAGUAACUCGUGUUGUAGGAAUCGAGAUUAUAGCAUCAGCAGUCCAAGAUGCUGAAAAGAAUGCAGCAGCAAAUGGAAUUACGAACGCUGUGUUUGUUGCUGAUCGAGUCGAGGCUGCUAUUCAGAAUACUAUCAAGCAGCACUGUCCUCCUGGAUCUACUGUUAUUGCUGUUAUGGAUCCACCUCGACCAGGUGUCCACGCCAAAGUCGUCACAGCUGUACGAGAAUGUGCAUUGAUUGAUCGAGUGGUAUUUGUUGCUUGUGAUGCCGAAAAGAGUAUGCCAAACUGGAUUGAUUUAUGCCGACCUACUGGUGGACGUAUUCGUGGAAAACCAUUCAGAAUCGAAAGAACUCAACCGUUUGACUUGUUUCCGCAUACUAAACACGUCGAAUUCGUCCUCGAGUUUGUUCGCGACAAAAAGAUGUAA